ACCCCCCCACCUGCCUGAGCGAUAGUCUGUCCUGACCCCCAUAACCCUCCUAGGAGCCUGGGGUCUCCCCAUCCCCUGUGAGAUACUCCAGUCCCCUCCUAGAGGAGCCUGUGGAAAGGGGGGGGUUCGCCCCCCCACAUGACAAUGGGGUCACUCCCUCGUGCCCUGGCCCUGCUCCUGGCCCUGCAGGUGGCCUUGGCCCUGGUUGUAGGCCCAGGGGGGCGCGACCAGCCCCAAGAAGCCACCGCCCACACCUCCUCCACCAUGAUCAAUGGCAUGACAGCCCCGACCGCCAUGGAGACACUCUCAGCCGCCUUGGCUAGCGCCACCACACCCGAGGUUGGUGGGCACACCCUGGAGGUCUCAAGCAAGGAAGUGGUCACCCCGGGCAACGGUGUAGGCUAUGAGUUCACCACAGCCAACGGUGUAGAGUAUGAGGUCAUCACCGGCAGCAACGGAGGGUAUGAGGUCACCACGGGCAACGAUGUCCUGAGCAACACCAUGGGCUCUGGAGGAGUGAUCGGCGUGGGAGACACCCGCUACAAGUGGCUGGCGUGGAGCAAGUGGUAUUGCAACUGUGAGAUGGGUAGCAUGUCCCGGGUGCGGGACAUUGCCUACACGAGGCCCGGCCUGCAGCUAGAUCUGGACGACUACAACUCCCUGCGCUUCCAGCGCGUGGCUUGCAGCUAUGGCCACUGCAAGUGCAGCCACAAGCACCGUGAGUGCGACCAUGCCAAGGUGACCUGCAAUGCUCCCAACCCCUACCUGUGCGUUGUCAGGGACGUCCGGCAGGCCCGGUACCGCCAGGCUCGGCACUUCUGGAUACGAGUCCGCACGGAGCUCAAGGGGCUGUGGAAGAGCAUCCGAAAGGCCUUCUCCCAGCUCGAGGAGUACAGCUGAAGAUGAACUCUGUAUUCAAGGUUAAGCAGCUGCAGUCUCUGUUAUCAGCAG